AUCAUAAGGUAACAAGGGAAACCUUCAAAACUGCUUAUUCCGGCAAUGGUAUCUCCAUUGUUGGCUCCAUGAGCAUAUAUUUUGACAGAGACGAAGACCGGAUAAACGUGCAAAAUAUGUCUGCAAGUCCAGCUACAGGAGUGGAAGCAGACGACCCUUAUGAUUUAUCCGACGACAGUGACAAAGCGGCCCUUCUUGACCAUGAACAUAGGGACACUGAUAUUCAAUCGAAUGACCCACGGGACGACAAAAUCCUCACCGCUAUAGUAACCCCUGGUAAUACAGCUACUUCGGCGAGGGCUUACGUAACAGUGGCGAUUUUAUGUUUUGUUAACUUAUUAAAUUACAUGGACAGAUUCACUGUGGCAGGGAAUUUAAAAGAUAUCCAACAUUUUUAUAGUUUAACGGAUGCUGAAGCAGGAGCUCUACAGACUGUAUUUGUAUGUAUGUACAUGGUAGCAGCACCUGUAUUUGGUUUCCUUGGUGAUAGAUACAACCGUAAAAUCAUUAUGAGUUUUGGUAUAUUUAUGUGGACUUGUUUUACACUAGUGGGAUCAUUUAUACCUAAACAGAAUGUGUGGAUUUUCUUUGCAAUGCGUGGUUUAGUUGGUAUCGGGGAGGCUAGUUAUUCCACUAUCGCACCAACCCUUAUAGCGGAUUUAUUUGUUAAAGGUCAAAGAACACGAAUGUUAGCAGUUUUUUACUUCGCUAUUCCAGUCGGCAGUGGUCUAGGAUAUGUCGUUGGUAGUGAAGUGGCCCAUGCUGCAGGUUCAUGGCAGUGGGGACUUAGAAUCACUCCUGUACUAGGAGUAGUUUCAUUGAUUCUUAUAGUGGGUGUUCUCAAAGAACCACAACGUGGACAGUCAGACACAGGACAUACUGUUAGAGCGACGAGCUAUUUACAGGAUUUGAAAGCCCUUGCAGGGAAUCAUAGUUACAUCUGGUCAUGUCUGGGUUAUGUUGGCGUAGCUUGGGUUGCUGGCUGUCUGUCAUGGUGGGCACCAAGGUAUAUACAGUAUGCGUAUGCACUACGAGGUCAGAGUCAGGAUAGCGUUGCUUUGGUGUUUGGUGGAAUCACCGUAGUUACCGGUAUAAUUGGUGUUGGUCUAGGGGCAGAGUCAGCUAGAAGAUUGCGUAAAUACAACCAGAAAGCUGAUGCAUGGGUGUGUGCAUUUGGUCUGAUGGCAUGUUCGCCAUUUCUCUAUCUUGCCUUGGUAUUUACACGCUCCAGUGAAGCCAUGACUUGGGUGAUGAUAUUUCUUGGCGAGACUUGUCUCUCCUUAAAUUGGGCAGUGACCUCUGAUAUACUGUUGUAUGUGGUGACUCCAACAAGACGAGCCACAGCCAAUGCAUUCCAGAUGUUGGCGUCACAUUUAUUGGGGGACGCUACAAGUCCUUAUAUUGUAGGCCAGAUUUCUGAUUUUAUUCGACACGGUGAACAAGACACAGCGUUUACCCAGUUUUAUUCAUUGCAGUAUGCCUUGUAUCUGAACUGCUUCAUUGCGGUCCUUGGUGGCGGCUGCUACUUAGCAGUCUCGCUCUACAUUGUAUACGACAAAGCCAAGGCUGAACACGACACUAAAGAUCUAGAAGAGAAAAGCACUUCACAACCUGAUCAAGUUACAAUAUGAGUUUCUGUGUACAAUAGCAACGUCACCAUCAGAUGCCAACUAUUUGUCAUUAUAUCCCACCCAAUAAUCUCUGGGUUUGCAGAAUCUUGCUCUUCCAUUUGAGUAAUCUACUCAUCACUACCCAAACAAUAGCAGAAUCCUUGUACAUUCUAGUAGCUGCCUCUAUUCUAUAAUUUUACAUAUGGAAUAUUCAGUGUAAUUACCAUGAUAUCAAUGAACACAAUAGAAGUACUUGUUAUCAUAUUACUUUGCUAUGCAUGUUGGAUGUGGUUUAUUCAUGAGGAGAACAGAUUGUUUUCAAAUCUUAUGACAAAUAUGCUAAUUGAUAUACUGUUAGUAUAUUUAAAUAUAGGUUGUCUUAAUUAUAUCGGUCACCCUAUCAUCAUUUUAGUUACAGUGUGUCAUAAUUUGGGGAUAUUGCGAGUAUCUGCAUUCUAUCUGAUCAGAAAAUGCAAAUUGUAAAUAUUAAACGAAACGGUGGUUUUUCUAAGAAGGCGUACAUUUUUGAAAACUAAAUUCAUAGCGAGAUUGUAACUCUGAUUUUUACCAUUUCGCAGGUCUCCUACAAUAAAUAAU